AUGAGAGGCUCAUCUCAUUGGCACCUGUAUGCAGUACAGAGUAACGAGGAGAUGGAGAGGAAGACGACCAUGAAGACUACGCAUCAUAUCGGCGCAGAGUUGGAAGCAGUGUCGAGAGUCGUCGGAUUAGGAAGGAGCUCCAAGAGAUACUGCCUAGUCCCUCCUAGAGGAAGGAUCAAGCGUAGGAUUCUUGCCCUUCUAUUCAAAAGAUUGAAGCUUGCAACCCAACAUUCAUUAAAAUCUGUGAAAGGAUUUAAACGUUAG